GCCAGUUCUUAGAUAAACAACAUAGAGUUCGGUAGAUUUUAUAGAAAUGGCGGAUGAAAAUAAUGUGAAGACCAGUGCCCCAAUACCCUCGUGGAUUCAAGAAUCUUUAUUUGAAAAUGUUUUAAAAGAAAAUGUUCCAGAAUUUCGCUGCAUUAAAAAAUUCGAAGUUAACCCUGGCUCAGCGGCGGGUGAAAAUUAUGCCACAGUUAUUCUCCGAGUAAAUGUUGAUGUUGAAUUGCAAGAUGGUUCCACAAAAUCCCUAUCGUAUAUGCUGAAAACCGAUCAUGACAACGACAUGUUGAAAGAAAUGAUGGGUUCGCAUGAUAUGUUUGCCAUUGAAAAGGGCAUGUAUGACGAUAUAGUUCCAGCUUUUGAAAAACUUUACGCUGAUGCUGGUGUGACAGUGAGAUUUGGACCCAACAGCUAUGUUCUGCCCACCGAAAAACCCUAUAUCUUACUGGAAAAUUUAAGUCCUCGUGGUUUUAAAAAUGCCAAUCGUUUGGAGGGUUUAGAUCAGCAACAUGUCGAGUGUGUUCUCACCAAACUGGCACAAUGGCAUGCAGCCUCGGCGGUUUAUGUUCAGAAGAAUGGUCCCUUCGAUGAAAAAUACCGCGAUGGUUUCUACAAGGAGGAGUUCAAGCCAAUGAUGAAAAUAAUGAAUGACCAAAUGACGCAUAUUUUCCAUGAGGCAGCAAAAACAUAUGCGAAUUAUGAGGAAUAUGCAGACUAUUUGGUACCCGCCGAAGAUCCUAUAGACAUGAUGUUUCGUCUGGCCAAAACAAACCCCAGUGAAUUUAAUGUCCUCAACCAUGGCGAUUGCUGGAGCAACAAUGUCAUGUUCCAAUACGAUGCCUUUGGCGCCAUUAAAGAUACCUACUUAAUUGAUUAUCAGCUACCCCGUUAUGGUACACCUGCCCAGGAUCUGUACUAUUUCCUCAUAUCUUCAGCGAAAUAUGAAGUGAAAUUGAAGAAAUUUGAUUAUUUCAUAAAAUUCUAUUACGACGUUUUGUGUGAACACUUGAAGGUGUUGAAGUAUUCGAAACCAAUUCCAAAGUUGCGUGAUAUCCAUAUAAUGCUAUACAAAUAUGGUCUUUUCGGAUUCCAAACAGCUGUUGGCGUAAUGGGUGUGGUUUUGUUGGAUCCAACUGAUAAGGCGAGCAUAGCGAACUUUAUUGGGGAUGAUGGUGAUGCUGCAGCAUUUAAGAAGCUGAUGUUUACCAACGAUCGUUACAGGAGACACAUUGAGGCCGUCUUACCAUGGCUCAACAAUCGCGGUGCCUUUAGAUUUUAGUUAAAAAAUGUAAUAUUUCUUUUACAAUAAUGAAUUUAUGUUUUCGGUAGCAAUUUGGCCCUGUGGGCUGCAUUUAAAUAAAUAAAAUUUAAUACUUUUUAAU